AUGGGCCAAGGGUCUUCACAACCCGCUCAUCUUCAAGACCCUGAUCUUGAACAGGAGUCCGACCAUGACACAGAUAUGCAUAGCACAAAAUACGACGCAAGCCCUCCCCCGCCCGUAAACAAGCCCAACCGCGAAUCGCGUCCGCCGAAUGGUUCUUUGCCAAAGCGCAAACGCGCGCCGUCUCAGAGCGUCGCCAGCCCCGUCGCAGCCACAACCCCAGAGGAUCGCCCCAGCGCAUUGAAGCGGAAACGCGUCGUUGAUAAUUUAGGGAAGGAGAAGACCCCGACGCCAAAUGGCCAGCGUUCGAGUUCGCAGAAGACCGGCGUCAACCAGAGCUCAGCCGGUCCGGGUCCUGGGUUGUUUUCCAAGGAGAUUGGUGCGGGACGGCUGAACAGGGCUCUCUCGGCGGCUGCAAACGGUGGCUCGCCGGCACGUAGCACCGUAUCCGAAGGCCCGAACAAGGGAAGGCUCCAUCGAUCCAAUGGCGAGGCCGGCAAGAAUGGGCUUACCGGCGCGUUUAAACCAGACGAGGUAGAAGCCCUUGAGGAGUUUAAGGUGCGAUUUUGCAAUUCGUAUGGGCUCUCGACAACGACGUUCGAUCUUAUCGUGCAACAUGGGAAGGGCCCAUUUCCUGGUCCACCAGGCGUCACCAAGUACACUUUCUGGCAGGAAGUCCAUAGUAUUUUGCCAAAUCGGGACAAGAGAUCUGUGCGCCGGUUUAUGAAGCGCCAUUUCCAGGCUUCUAGCCAGAAGCCGCAUGAAUGGACGGAGGAACAGGAAGAUGAACUUGUGGUGCUUUAUCGCCAGAACGGGCCUAAAUGGGCGUACAUCUCAGAGCUCCUGGGCAGGAGUAGUGACGAUGUCGUUCAGAGAUGGAAGAACCGGCUUGAGCAUCGAUCUACGAUGAAUGUUGGACCAUGGUCGGAAGACGAGUUAAGCUUAUUGAAAGAAGUCCUGCGCGACGCCUGGUCCAAGAUGCAGAAACAGGGGUACGAUGUAGGGAGUAAUAUUUACGAAAUGGAUGAGUCGCUGAUUUCAUGGGGUCAAGUGAGUGUCCGCAUGAAGCACACUCGAUCAAGACAGCAGUGUGCAGACAAGUGGCGCAGGGUCAAGGGUAGUAGGGUGGCCCAAGGAUCCCGGGAAAAUUCUCGAGCGAAUUCUCAAUCACUGUCUCGAAGUGCGACUCCGUUGCAAGCGAAACGAGAGGCUCACAGGGCGCGAAAGAGCGCCGCCUAUGUGGUUUCUGACGAAGACUCCGAUGCAGGAGAUAAUGUUGUUAACGAGAAGGAUGCUACCGAGCAUUCAAAACGAGGGACACCGGCCAGCAAGACAUUGAAUAAACCGAAGAAGAUCGAGUCCAAAGAAGCAGAAUCGGGAUCUAGCUCUGAAUCAGACUCUGAGUCUGAAUCCGAGACUACGUCAAAAUCUGGAUCUGCUACAUUAAACAAAAAGCCUAACAGUUCUGAGAAGAAGGCUAGUUCGCCGGAAAGAAAGCAAUUGUCUUCGACAUCGUCCGAAGAAUCUGAUUCGAGUUCGGAAUCAGAUUCGGACUCGGACUCGGAUUCUGGGUCGGCUGGAAACAAUAAGAGCACAUCGACCUUACAGAAGCACGAAGAAACAAAGGCGGCGGAUGUUUCGAAGCGAGAAGCCAGCUCAGAUGAAUCCGACGACUCGUCUUCAGAAGAAGAAAGCGAAAGCGACAGCGAGAAUGAAAGCCCAGACGAAAUCCCAGCUACUCCUCCAGAACCAACCACAGAAGAGACAUCGAAAGGCGCUAAGCGGAGGCGUUCAAACAGUACCACCACGGAAGCUGCAGAAGCAGGCGACAAGCGCGUGAAGGUGAAAAAGGAACGCAGCCCUACACCAUCUGGGGUCGUGGCCCCCGAGCACGAGAACGAGAGCGAAAGCAUGGAGCAGGAUGCAAAACUACUCAAACGAGAGAGCACUGCAGAGUCCGCAACAAGUUCUGAGAGCGAGAGUGAAAGUAACGAGCAAGAUGCGAAGAAAAGAGAGGGCAGCCGCGAGUCGGACACAAGCUCCGACUCUGAUGCUGAAAGCGACUCUUCGGAGUCCAGCGCGGCUGACGAGGCCGAGAGGGAAAAUCCACCUACUAAACGACACCCCGAGCCAGAGGAUGUCGAAACGAAGCAAAAUUCUCUGUCAGAUUAUGAGGUCUCGUCGGAUUCGGAUGCGGACUCUACAAGCUCAAGUGACUCAGAAGAUGAGCCCAGCAAGGAUGGUCCCAAUGUCACUGUGAAAGCAGAGCCAGCCGACGCAGCUCCUGCUAUCAAAAAAGAAAGCGACAGCGGCUCGAGCAGCGACUCAACAUCCAGCUCUGGUUCCAGUUCCGACUCCGAUUCCGAUUCCGACUCGGACUCGGACUCGGAAUAA